UUUGUGAAGAAAUGGUUCAGGUGCACUCAAGUUGUUGAAAAGAUUUACUGCAACAGAUAACUUAAGUAUACUCUGACAUACAGUAGCUUACCAAGAAAAAAAAGCAUUUAAAAUAAUAAAAUGUUUCCACCUGCAGCAGCAUGUCACAAUCAUCAUUGCUUGAUUUUUAAAGAAAUUUUUUCCUUGAAGUUACAUUAAAAUGUAAAAUUAUUGUUUUGGAAUUUAUAGUUCUGUUUAAUCACUUUUUUGUCAAUCAUAUUAUGUUCAACAUAAUGUCUGACAAUUCUGGUACACAUUAGUUACUGAAUCAUGCUUACUGUAGGGAAAUGUUGUCUAUCCUUUCUGGUUCACCCAAGUUGAAGUCCUGGCAUUCAUAGUAAUGCCUGAGCGCUUCUGGGAUAUAUAACAUUAAUAGUUAUUCGGUCACGUUCGAUGUAGGGAAAUGUUGUCUAUCCUUUCUGGUUCACCCAGGUUGAAGUCCUGGCAUUCAUAGUAAUGCCUGAGCGCUUCUGGGAUAUAUAACAUUAAUAGUUAUUCGGUCACUUUCAAUGUAGGGAAAUGUUGUCUAUCCUUUCUGGUUCACCCAGGUUGAAGUCCUGGCAUUCAUAGUAAUGCCUGAGCACUUCUGGGAUAUAUAACAUUAAUAGUUAUUCAAUGGCGUUCGAUGUAGGGAAAUGUUGUCUAUCCUUUCUGGUUCACCCAGGCUGAAGUCCUUGCAUUCAAAGUAAUGCCUGAGCGCUUCUGGGAUAUAUAACAUUAAUAGUUAUUCUGUCACGUUCGAUGUAGGGAAAUGUUGUCGAUCCUUUCUGGUUCACCCAGGCUGAAGUCCUGGCACUCAUAGUAAUGCCCGAGCGCUUCUGGGAUACAAAACAUGAAGAAAUUUUUGCAGUUGAUCAGGUAAUUCUUGGCCAGAAUUGUCUAUCUUUUUUGUAUGUGUUAAUUAUUUUUCCUAAUUUAGGUUUCUAACUACCUGAGAAAAUUUUCUCACAGAGUAUCUCAAAUGUUCUUCUCUUAAUUGAUUUGUUAACUCCACAGUUCAAUAUAAUAUAUAUUAUGUUCAUUAUUCCAGAGUAUCUGAGGAAAAGUAUUUCAGUGGUUGAUGCAGCCUAGUAUUGUAUUUUUGUUCUGAUUGUUGUUAUUGUUGUGGUUAUUUUUUUUAUUAGUAGUAUUGUUAUUUUGUUAUGGUUAUUUUUGUGUUAUCAUAUUUGUUGCUAUUUUGUUUUGUUUUUUAAUUAAUUUUAUUUUCUUUAGCAUUACACUAAUCUGAAAAAUUCAGAAACAUUUUUGAGAGAUUGGGGAACCCACUCAGUCACAAUUGACAUCAAAGAUACAGGUAAAAGUGGACCAACAUAAUUACAGUGGUGAUUGUUUACUUAACAAGUUGCGUUUAAACCUAUUUACCCAUCCCUUACAUGUUCUGUGCGUCAUACAUCAGGACCAGUUUUCAGUUUUAUAAUGUGCCUGUUACACAGUUAAAAGGCUGUAAUUACUGCAAAUAUAUUUUUGUGUAUUACAUGAGAAAAGCAUGAAAUAUUAUAAACCCUUUGAAAAACGAGAAUGGGAUGUUUCUUAAAUUUUUUAUGGUAAUUAGUGAAAAUUUACUCUCUGACUUUUUACAAAUGUUGAUUAUAAUACACUUUUAACGCGAACCUUAUUAUUAGUUCUCCUAAAACAGGAAAUAAAAGCUAAGCUGGCAUUUUGGACUGGAAAGCAGCAAGAAGUUGUUUCAAAACUAACCAUCCUUCAAAAAAACAAGAAGUAUCCUGACGAAGUUCAAAAUUAUGUUGCUGAGUAUCAACUAGAUGCCUACCGAAAUGUAAGUUAACCUUCUGUUUUUUUCCUUUCGAUACAAUUCAUUAAUAGCCAAGUCUUUUCGAUGUGAGUCGAUUAAGUUGAGGGAAGGCCAGUGGCUCCGCCCUAGUAACCGAGAGCUUUACACUAGUUUCCAUUCUUCUCACUUUUGUUUCCUUCGAGUUAGUCACUUCAUACGCUUCAUACUAGGUUCGCUGCAGCAACAGGUCAUUUCGUCCCAAAGGGCAUUCUCCCGAUGUCAGUUUGCUUGAACUUUAGACAAUCCGCCCGAUAUUUAUCCAUUGUUCUUUUAACCUUUAGAACGAAUUCAUGCCUGUUUAGUCUUGUAAACACGCUGACAACAUUUUUUUAUGUCGAAAGUUAUAUAUAGUUUGGCUGCAAAAGUUCGUAUCGAAACGACUUGUAUCUAAACGGCCUGCUUCAUUUGCUUUAAUAAUGGUGAUGUUGGUUUUGCCCUUCUGAGUGGGCUUACGUUCAUUUCGCCCCCAAAUCAUUUCGCCCCGGUUAAUGUGCCUCCUAUAUUAGAACGAGAUGUUUUAUAUUUGAAGCGCGCUUUAAAGGUUUAUGGCUUAUAGAAUGAGGAAAACUAUAUUUGGUGCGCUCUUAAUGACUCAAAAAUAACGGGGCUUAGUUAUCGGGCGAAAUUACUGAGGGGCGAAAUGACUGAUAAGCCUUAGAGUUUAUCAUGACUCAACCUUCGUACAGUGUAUAGUAGUAACAAACGUAACAAUAAACUUAACCCUAAUUGUCAUUAACUCCUCUUUAAUUCGAAACCAGAUGUUGAACCCGAGCGGGAUGAACUCAAAGGGAGGCGAAACUUGCGGUUGUUUAUUGAAAUUAGCGUUUAAACGUUGUCUUUGAAACAAACAGACGCACUGUCAAUUUUCCGUAGUCUCUGCAAUGUUGAAACACAUCAGGCCACCAUAUUAACUCCAAUUCUCUUGUUGAUCUACCUUCCCCAGCAUUUACAACAAUUUCCGAACGGCUUGUUGGUGUUUGUUGCUCACCUUGAACACGAGUCGUAAAGCGCGAAAAUGCUCUUUGUUUGGCUGCUUCGACUGCUUCCUCUGUACUUGUGAAACGUUGAAAAUUGACUUGUGCUCCAUACCUAAACGCUGCCGAAGUCUGGAUCCUUACAAUCUCUUGUUCUGUCAGUGCAUUUAAAACCACUUCCGCGUCAUAUAUUCUGUAGGAAAACCUACGGUUAAUAUCGUGAUGUAAAGGUUGCUUGUGGUGCUUUACAUCUCGCACCUGGUACAGUGGUGGGCCGCCUAAGCUAAAAAGUAGAUGCUCGAAGUGACUCUUUUUAACGUGAACUUCAUGUAUCUGUUGCCAUCCAGCUGAAAAAAAAAAUAAAAGAAUGGAAUGUACUUUUAUUUCGCUAUUACACCAGAAGUUUCAAUUUUAUUAGAGAAUUCUAUUGCCUUAUGCAGGGAUUAAUAGACUUUGUAAAAUCUGUAAAUUUCUCACCUUUACCGCUUGGAGUUAAGGACCCAACAAUUUGUUCGGCUACUAAUGCCAACCACAUUUUAUAGUGAGGCAUUUCUUCUUUAUCCAGUUGUAAAGCUUUGGGCUGGUUCACAAGCGCUUGUCCUCGCGAGUCCCUGAAUAUCCCACCUUGAUAGGGGUGCUGAUAGUGGCUAUGAUCGUAAUGCUUCUUCGCAGAAUAACCCGUCUUAAAUUGCUUGUUGCACUUACUGCAAUUGAUCGUGAACGCCAUGACAAGACACUAAGUGGCAACCGAUUGUAAAGUCUGUUCACGCACGUGCUUUUUUUACCCCUAGUUACAACAAUAAUGAAUGGCCAAUUGAUCGCAUAUCUAGAGUUCAGCCGGCUUUAAACGUUAAAUUUCCAUUGCUCCGAAUUGAAUACUAAUGGGAAAAUCUUUUGUUCUUGUUCAUUUGCAUUUGUUUAGGAUUAUGUGAAGUUUGACGUUUAAAACAGGCGUUGGUGACUCACACAUUUUUUAUUUGAUUUUUUCUUCGAUGAAACAAUAUAUUUUCGCCUUGAUAAGCCUUUUCGUGACGAGGGUAUUGACUUUUGGUGUACUUGCGACUACAAGUAAGAUUGCUUAAGAUAAUUAACGAUAAAAGUAAAACUUUUUUAAUUUUAUUUUUGACGGUAUUUUAAUUUUUAUCAACACACCAUUUCUAAAAGAACAACAACUCUUUAAUACAAUAUUUCACCAGAAGACAAAAGAUCUUAAUUGCUUAAUACGGACAGCUAUGUUUUCAGCAAAGUGACAACAUUUUUUUGCAUUUUUUCCUGGCAUAAGCGGAAUAGAUUACUUUACAACGUCAGCACUGAAUUAAGUUCAACAGUCAACUGUUCGCCCAAUCAAACGCCUCGCAUAGUUCAUUGGCUGUUGGUCUUUGUAACGGGUUGGAGCGAAGACAUGACCGAUAAAGACUGACAUAAGUCGUCGGGAAGCGAGUCAUGAAUUUGUAUUUCAUCCCCCUUACUAGGAAUCCUACUGAAUAAAUGUCCGUUUUCUUGCUCUGUCUACCGUUCGGCUGUCCUAGCUCGGGUGCCAGGUGUUCAAAUUUCUUGGUGUCUGCGGGCGUUUGAUAUAUUCUAGGAUUGCUUUGGUCAGUAGCUUUCCCAAAGUCCACCAGCACAGCUUCUGCCUCUGCUAAGCUGGGUCCAUCUAGAACUACGUUGUUUGACUUAAUGUCAUUGUGCAGGAUCUUUAUUUUGUCGUGAAUAUGUCUUAUUCCUCGGCAAAGACCGCCCAAAAGGUGACUCCAGUUAAUGGUAGCAUUUUCACUACGAAUAUCACCAAGAUUAAAACGCUCGCCAUUGAUGUUGUAAAACGUGGACACUAUGUCAACUCUGUUUUGUCUCUCCACUAUGCCAAUGAAGCAGGCGGUGUUUGGAUGGCUUAGUCUUGCGGUCAUUCUGGCUUCUUGUCUACUUGCCUGGCAGUUUUGCUGUUGUUUCACCACAACUGUGCGUGCGCCGAACUUUGCUAGGUAGCAAGUUCCAAAACACCCUCGACCAAUUUCCCUCUCCAUCAUUGUGAGAUCCCUCUCCUCGAUCACUCGCAAUGUUCCCGUUUCUGCUUCCUUCCACUUACCGAAGAAAUGUAGUGCGUGUCUAUGGUAGCGCUCAGCUGUUGCUUGUAGUAGUUUAAUUUCAUCUUCAUUCUGCGUUGUGUUGACUCGGGACUCAAGACCUUCUUCGUCAGUUUUCUCAGGGUUUACUGGAGCUUUCUCGGCUUCUGUUGCACGAGCGUUGCGACUUCGUCUUCUUUUUGCGUUUUCGGCUUUUUCUUUCGUCUUUCUUUUCUUUCGGUUAUCAGAGCUCCUUCGAUACCUUAACAACUUAGCUGGUAACAUUUCCAGGCAAGAUCAAUAAUUUCAAAAUAAAGCUAGCUGCACUAUGAAGUUGAAUCUCUUUGACUUGCCCCAACUCAAGUUUGGAAGAACACCGGAAACACCUAGAAUAAAUUGCGUAUACUUCUUUUGUCUUUUUUGCUUUCUUGUGGUGAAAUAUUGUCGUUUGAAUAAUAGGCCAUUCAGAAAACGCGAUGUGAUUGCAACGUUACCGGAAGUAUCAUUUGUUACUAACGAUCACUAUUGAAUUAUGCUUAAGCUCAGUUACAGUUCACACUCUUUCCGUUUUUUAAUGUUAAAUGUAAAAGCGAAGACGCGAAAUUGCGUACGAGGAAGAGCGAGUGUGGGGGAUGGGAGGUACUCUCUGCUUUUGCACAUGUCUCUUUUAUAACCAUUGGUGUUUACUAUAUCUAUAUGAUCUUUAUUGUGGAAUAAAGGGCCGUUCUGUUAUUUACUGAUUACCGUUUUAUGUCGUUUUGCAUUUUUAUUUAAAAUACUCCCUGUACUAUCUAAUUAUGUCUAUAUUAACAACGAAGUUCUAGUUGAAUUAUUGAACGAAUUCUGAAACCUUUUUCCAUUAAAGGUUUUUUGCAAGUGGCGUAAGAUUGCCAAGAUCAUGCGGCAAAGUGUUUUUGACGAAAACAUGGAAGAAGAAAUCGACAUCUUCGACUUGGAGGUUUGCCUGUGUUUUGUUGAGCUCUCUUUCAACUUCACCAAAAGCAAAAAACUAUUUUAUUGCUAAAUCGUUCUUAGAUUUAUUUUAAAUUAUUAGACUUCACACUACACCACUUUGCUCCAGGUUGAAAUGACUUCUUUGUAUAACAAGCGCAUUCAGAAUUUCUUAAUACUUGUUUAGAAGAGUCUAUUUUUUAAUGACCGUCCAGGAGGAAUAUGUUUACUGUUGGCCAUACAACCUAUAAUUUGAGCGGUACCCAUAUGUUGACUCUAAGCAAGCCUAGAAAGACAACCCAUGGACUACAUUUUUUUUCUUAUUUUUCCGCCCAGCAAUGGAAUGCGCUUCCUGACAAAUUAAGGAACUGUACUUUUAAAGAUUUUAAGCGACCUGUGCAAAGUCUUAAUGCGUUUGAUUAGUUUUCACUAUUUUUUGUCUUAUUUUGUGUUUUUUUUUCAGUUUUUAGAGAUCUUACUUUGUUUCUCGAGGAUAUUAGCUAUUAUAGUGUAGCUACUCUAAAAUUCUUGUUAAAAUAAAGGUUAUGCAUGUAUGUAUGUAUUCUUCUUUUCGUGUUUGUAUUUACAGUGCAAAGAAUGGGGUUUUUGCCUAAGAGAGUUGUUUGGUUUGGGCCUCGGGACCGGUGACUACGGCCAUUUAACUGUUGAACAUGCAUCCAUGCUUCUCCGGAAUUUUAGAUCAUUACGCCAUUACAGCAACCAAGGUUUUGAGGCUGCUCAUAAGCUGCAAAAACAGAUAUUCAGCAGGGCAACAAAUCACGACGGAAGCGGCGAAGCGACUUCUCGUACGUUAUCAUAUGUAACAUUAAGUUUUGAUAGAUCUUAACUAUUCAUUUAGUUGCCAGUAAUUGUGUCGAAGCAUAAUUAACCACUUUUAAUUUGCGUAUCCUUCCGAUUAUCUUAAUUCUAGUUUUUGAUGGACGAUGACUUGGCGUAGCCAGCCCAUAAACCUUAAGGCCCGUGCCUACAAAGUUUUUGUUUGAUCAGUCUACCGCUUGUAAUAAAUUAUAGCGGGGCUCCCGCGCGCGCGAAGCGCGCGUGGGACAGAGCCCCAUACCCAUGGAAUAUGGUCAACCUCUUUUCGUUUGGUUGUCACGUGAUUGACCGAGCGUACGUACGUACGUACGUACGCGUCUACAGAUUGUAUGGGUGGGGUAGGGGAGACUAUCAAAAGGAAGGGAGGGGUGUCUCAGGCGUGUAUUGGCAAGUCCACAUCUUUAAUAUAGGACAUUAACAAUAUGGUCAAUUGACAGCUGUCCAAACAGGAUAGCCACUGACCAGUAUCCCAUGACCAUAUCGCAGGGGUAAGGGGCCAACUCAUCGAGGUGACGUGAUUUAUUUGGAAGCUGUCCGCUGACCAGUUAACUGUUUUACUAGAUCGCGAACAACGUUCAAUCUCAUACUUUUACUAGUUUGGGAGCACAGGAAAACUGAUAAUGCACACAUAUUGGACAUCAAUGUUUUGAUCAAUUGACAGCUGUCAAAACAGAGUACCCGCUGACCAGUAUCACUUGACCGUAUCGCGGGCUCAGGUGUCGACCCGUCGAGGUCAAGUAUUUUUUGAAGUUAUCCGCUGACAAGUAAACUAGUUUUCAAGUGAUCGCAGGCUCAAGUUCAAUUUUUUUUCUUAAUUCAUAUGAAAUAUGUUGUGUUUAUGUGCUGGACAAUUAAAAUUUUGAUUGCAAACUGACCUCGGACGUGAAAAUUCAGCCAGCUGUUACAGGCAGGGAAGACAGUUGCUUUUGUUUUUUCUCACAAUGGUCACGCGUUGGUCACGCUCUACGUCCAAUUUUUAUGCUCUGAUUGGUCAAAAUUUGACAGGUGAGUUCAUGCGCAAAAUUUAUGCAGCAUCUUGAAUCUUGUUUACUUUAACAGCUGAAGCUGACAGAGUUUUGUGUCAACUUGUGAUGUUUUUAACUGUCUUUUUCCACUGGAUGUACAAAAUGAAAUUCAGCUGCUAUCAGGAGUCUUCUGUUACUCAUGGCUAGUUUGUUUAUUGGGUUUUUGGUUGAGAAAACGUCGCUUGUCAAAGUCGGAAAUCCGAUUUCGGAUGGCAUCGUUUUCGUUUUCACCUUGCUUGAUGCGUAAGAGGAUUGCAAAGUCUGAAGCGAUACUGGCUUUACCUGAUAACUUUCAGGAGCUGCAUCUCGAAUGGUAAGCCAGAGAAAUUAUUGUAUUUCAUGUUUGUUUUUUGUAUCUAAUUUAAUGAAGUGGAGCGUAGUUUAUGCGGGAAUUUAGUUUAUGCGCGUUUGUAAGAUUUGAGACAACGAUCUCACCGAGUAUCUGGUUUGAUAUAAUCUUACAGAACUUUAAAAAGCCUUUAGACAGUUUCUCACCGCAAAUAGAAAGAAAAUGUUCCAAAGAAUCUUUAGUUAUAAUUCUAGCCGGAAAAGAAAGCUUUGAGCGAUUUUCUUGCCUCGAGUUCGUCUUUGAAAAAACAAACACCGGGAAGCUGGCUUAAAACAUAAACUUCAGCAAACUUAAGCUUGAAGAUUCAGGAUAUUUAGGGACACUUUAAUACUUGUCUUCCUGAAUGAAAUUGUUGUCUCUGUUUAUGUUUCACCGAAUUAUAUUUCUUUUAUUGAUUGUUAGUAGUCUCUCUUGCAAUUUUAAUCGCUAUGCCGAUUGUUUUCAGUCGUUCAGUGAACAUCGCUUGCAGGAGUUCUCAAAAUGCCGCGCGUUAAACCAUCAAAUAAAAAAUAAACAUGAUAAAUUCUUUAUUAUCUUGGAGCGUAACUCUGUUAAUGUUCAUUCAAACACUCGCUACAGCUCGCACUACAAAAGUGAGAACCGGAUGGCCGUAUAGGUGAUUUUGGAAAAUUUUGUUAACAGUUUAUGAAUAUUGAAUGAGAUCAAUUUGUAUUGUGAAAUACUGCUUUCUGUCCAUGGUAUGAAAGGUUGGUUCACACGCACCCAGAUUUGUUGGCAAGAUUUUGCAAAGUAAACUUGUCGAACGCCAAAACGUUGGCCUGGUUUUUUUUCUAAGCCUAAUUGAUCUACGGUGAUCAAUAGCCAUUACGGCUCUUAAAUGUGAUAAAAGAUGAUUACCAGUUUUUGAGUGUACAUAUGAGGCUAUCAACUCGAUGUAAGAUUUGGUUCACUCUUGGGCUGUUUGCAAAUUAUUUUUCUCUAAAAUCAGGUAGCCUUUCCCUCAAAAGUCACAUAAAUGUGCUCUAAAGUUGACUGAAUUGUGGAAUUCGAAUACAAGUUUAUUGUUUAAUUUAAAUUAUAAAUUUACUAAUGGGAGCCUCGCUUUUAGCCCUGGCUAAAUCUAUAUAUUACUUUGUUGGGGUGAGGUGAAAAGCUUAAGAGCUUAAAGUGUUGGUGAGGUCAGUGCGUACUAGUCCUGCGAGCUGACUACGCCCUUGGAACCUAAAACAAUCCUGAAUGGAUGUCCGCUUAAUAAUCGACUGUUUUACUGAAGAGGGUCGGUUGAGUUUUCCAUUAUUUUUAUUUUUUCAGUGGACCAGAUUUUAACCCAUCAGUAUGCUGAAAAGCUCCUGUUUUUAAGACUUUGUUUUAGAAAAGCCAAAGAAUGUGCCAGAAAAGGUAAGGCAGUUCAGUUAAGAAGCGCCAUGAACAUUCUGUAUAUGUCAAUUUCAUUUUUGGAUGAUGAUUCCACAUCACUGAAUAUCUCAGUGUUCUUGCGGCUUUUGGAUGAUGCUUCCAUAUCGCUAGUGUAGUGUAUGUGAAUUAUAACGGUGAACAACAGGAGAGCAGGGAGAAGAUAAAUAGUCCGUUUUAUAAACUCGGACACUGGCUAGUCAUUUGUUUAAAUAGCCGGAUUACAAAUAAAUUUUGAAACAGCACAUAAGAUUUUUUAAUUACACAAGAAAUGCCUGAAUGCCUUUACAGUUUUAAGUAGAACCAUAUGAGUGCUUAUUUCAACCAUCCCUAUUUGUUUUGUUGUUUAGGAAAGAAAUUUUACUUCAGAGGAUGCGGCUGGCCCAGCAUUAGUACUAAAGGAUGGAGUGUAGCACGCAAGCGUUGGAUAGAGAUCAUGGACGAGGUCUUUUCUACGUUUAUGUGUAAAGACUUCCUAUCUUAUGAGGACAAUGAAAAAAAUGCUGUGUGGUGUCAAAAUCUGAUCAACCAAAGUUUGAAUACGACGAUACUACUUGGGAGAAUAUUAUCAAGCACAAGAUGGCAGAGUAUAAAUGGCUGGAAAGCGAAACUCCGCGUGCACGGAAGGCAAAAAAGGUGCGAGUGCCCCAGAAAACUCGCAGAAACCUUUUUAAGGCCCGUAAAGGUAAAAAGAACCGUUCCAAGUUAUCCGCGGCUUUGUUGCCCUCUUCAAGUACCUCUCAGACGCAAAGAUCUCCCAAAACGUCCAACGUCAGAGAAAGUAAAGGCAAAUCGCGCUGUUCAUCUGUGACUCCCAAACAUGAGAAGUUUUUGCCAUCAGCAACUCAUACUACAAAGAUGCGCGUUCCCAAACUUCGACGAUGUCUGUUUGAGGUGUCUAGCAGGAAACGUAAGCGAGCUUCACCCUUGAAAACCUCGCCUAUCAAACGUAAACCGACUGCCAAAACACCAACAUCGUGGUCGAAUUAUGUUCUUUCUUCAGAAGACCCAGCCAAUUCCAUUCUGUCAUUCACAAACUCGAUAUCUGCAGACUCAAACAGUCUGCUAAAAGAAGAUCACAAGACCCCUCUGCUUAAUUUGACAAAUAGAAGGCAAAACACCAAGCGAAAACGCAACAUCAAGAAGUGUGACGGCAGCAAGUUUCGUAAAAUGCUUAAAGACCUGUCUGUGAACGCAGACGAACACUCUGAGAACGAGAGCUGCUUUUACUCCGUUUCGAACAACAAUUCACCGAAUUUGAUUUGUCGAGGAACUUUUCAUCAAGGCUGUCAUGAUUCAUUUCAUUAUCCAGGGCAGCAGUGUUCUGCUAUUGCCAUAGCGGCCAUCUUUUACAGUACAAUAAAGUCUGUAGACACCUGGAAGUCGACCAAUGUUGACGAGAUUUUGCUUUUAGGAGACAAGAUUCACUUUUACCAGCUGUGCCAUUUAAAGAAGGAUCCAAAUGGCGAUCAGAAAUUGACACUUGACGAAGUUCCAAAUGGCCUCACGAUGCUAAAAUAUACUUUUAGUAAUGAGGGCAGAGAAAUCGUGGCAGGGUCCUUAAAGAAAGAAGAUGACCCUGAUAAUGAUUUUCCUACAUUGGAGGAAGCCCUCAGCAAGUGCCAAGGUGCGACUGGCAUGGUGCUGCGAGUCUUGGACUACUGCGUUGGUUGCAUCAAGGAGUCUUCCUCUUGGUGUCUAGUAGAUUCGCAUGCAAGAAAUUCGGAGGGCUUCGUUGAUGAAAACGGGACUGCUGUGGUCUUAAAGUUUAAGUCUUCGAGUGAACUUGCAAAUUACGUCAGACGUUUUGUGGAAAAGCAAACAAUUUUGCCACGCGAUACGGAUUUAUCGUUUGAGGCACUCAUCGUGAAAGUCAGAAAAGUUGAAAGCGUAGAUAGCAAUGUCUCUAUUAUUCCAACCAUGAAGUUGUUUUCGUGGGCAUCAUCUCAAGGAAAAUGUGAGAUUUUCAGUACAUCCCUGUGCCACCUUGAGGAA